AUGGCGAAAACUCUGGCGCAGGGAAGAAAACCCGGCAGCGGCAGGAAACCUGGAAAGGGCAAAACGCUCGCUCAGGGCAGGAAACCGGGAUCCGGUCGGAAACCCGGUAGUAAAGCCAAGUCGAAAUCGACUAAGCGACCGGCGGCCGCCGCCGCGGUCGACUACGACCUCUCAAAUCCAAAAGCAUUAGGUGCGGCGAUAGCAGAACAUGUGUCACAUGUUACGGCCACGCCCGAUGUGAUAACGCUCACGGGCAUGCCUCCCACUGGAAUCCCAGUCAACCGCCCCAGCGUGCCAGGAGGACGCGACAUCAUAUCUAUGGCGUUACCAGAAAUGGUCUCGGGCAAUGCACGCGGGACAACGACGGGCGCGGCAGCGCCCGCCGUCGCGGGUGAUACAUCUCCAUUGCCCAGAAUGUCGUCUACCGGCAGCGGCGUCGCCACUACAGCCACGGGCUUGCCAUAUGUGCAACUGCAACCAUGGCUUCACUCAACGGCGCCGUUCGUGUCCGGUUUUCCCGCGUUCAUGACCUCUACGCUCCCGCAGACCCAGCUUCAUCCGCUCCAGACGGCCGGCGAUGUUGCUCGUUCAGUACGGCUUCUGUCAACGGACAAGCUGGCGACAUCUGAGCCGAACGACGCCUUGUACCGGGCGUCGUCGACUGCGUCCUCGACGGACUUGGCCCGCAGCUGA